ACUUAAAUUCAUACUUAAACAUAACAUAAUAACAUAUCACGUAGAUUUCUCUCACAAUAAAAAAGCAGCAGCAAUUUUAACACCAACGUCUGAAAUUCUGAAUCUGAUCUCCAGAAUAUCUGUACUUUGAAAUUCAUCGGACUACAAAAGGUAAAACACCAGAACUCAAGUGACAGACUCCUAUGUUUCAGACAGACAUAAAUAACUGAAUGAGUACUCUGCUGACUUUGUUUGACUUUUCACUCUCUCUCUUCCCACUCUCUUUGAAUUUUCCCUCAGCUAAUUUUCUCCCUUUGGCUUCCACAAAGACAACUGCUUGUUCAUACUCUGACCCAAGCAAAGAAUCAUGUGUACUUCCACUUUAGGCAAGAUCCAAUUUCUGGGUCUUUUGUAGUUUUGAAUUUUGAUCUCUUAAUUGAAAGCCCAUUAAAGUUUUCUUAGGUUUUGUUCUUUGCUUGCAAGAAAGUUUAGUUCUUGAAAGUUGGCUUUUGUUUUCAAGAAUGGUGAGGAGAAACAAAUAUUAUGAUUUGAAUGAUGCAGUAGCUUUCUUGAACACUUUCUUGGUUAGGAACCCUUUGUUUCCCUUCGUGGUUCCUCUAGUUUUAGUGCUCUGGACAGUUGAGAAAUGGGUUUUUUCUUUGUCAAAUUGGGUUCCUCUUGCUAUGGCUGUUUGGGCAACUUUUCAGUACAAGAGUUAUCAACAGCGUAUUGUUGUGGAAGACUUGAAUAAGAAAUGGAAGCAAGUCAUGUUGCAAUCAUCAGCUGAGACUCCUUUAGAACACUGUGAAUGGCUGAGUAAGCUAUUGAUAGAAGUGUGGCCGAAAUUUAUCAGCCCCAAGCUUUCUCUUAGGUUCACAUCCAUUGUUGAGAGACGCUUAAAGGAUCGAAAGUCCAGGCUAAUCGAAACAAUAGAAUUACAAGAAUUCUCACUUGGUUCAACAGCUCCUCUCUUGGGGCUUCAGGGGAUUAGGUGGUCGACUACGGGUGAUCGGAAAAUCAUGCAUAUGGGCUUUGACUGGGACACUAAUGAUGUGAGUAUCAAGUUGCUUGCUAAGUUAGCAAAGCCGUUACUGGGAACUGCUCGGAUCGUUGUAAACAGCCUGCACAUGAAGGGUGAUCUUCUCCUGAUGCCAGUUCUGGAAGGAAAAGCACUACUAUACUCGUUUGUGUCAACUCCUGAGGUAAGAAUAAAUGUUGCAUUUGGAAGUGGUGGAAGCCAAUCACUACCUGCAACAGAAUUGCCAGUGGUUUCAUCAUGGCUGGUUAAAGUUAUCAAUGACAGCUUAGCUAAGACAAUGGUUGAACCUAGGCGUCGCUGUUACUCUAUGCCAGCGGUAGACCUGUACAAGAAGGCUGUUGGUGGCACAGUAUAUGUGACUGUAAUAUCAGCUAACAAACUUUCUAAGGUUAACUGUGCCAGAAGUCAACAGUGCCUUAUAAAUGGAUAUGUGGAGGAGAAUCAUUGUACUCUGAUGCAGACAUUUGUAGAGGUCGAACUUGAAGAUUUAACCAGGAGAACAGGCAUGAAAUCUGGGACUGGCCCUAUAUGGGAUUCAACCCACAAUAUGGUUCUACAUGAUGAUACAGGGAUUGUGAAAUUUCAUCUGUAUGAAUGUACAUCAGGGAGUGUGAAUUAUGUCUAUCUAACGAGCUGUGAAAUCAAGAUAAAAUAUGUCGCAGAUGACUCUACCAUGUUCUGGGCAGUUGGAGCAGACUCCAGUGUUAUAGCCAAACAUGCCGAGUUUUGUGGCAAAGAAAUUGAAAUGGUUGUUCCAUUUGAGGCGGAAAGUUCAGGAGAGUUGAAGGUGAAACUUGUACUAAAAGAGUGGCAGUUUUCUGACGGUUCACAUAGCAUGAAUAAUUUCCAUCUCAACUCUCGAGCAUCAUCACUCUAUGGGUCAUCAAAUAUGCUGACAAGAACUGGAAGGAAAAUAUACGUGACUGUUGUUGAAGGUAAGGACUUAAUAACAAAAGACAGAUCUGGGAAGUGUGAUCCAUAUGUAAAACUUCAAUAUGGGAAGGCUUUUAAAAGAACUAAGAUUGUUCAACGGACAUCAAGUCCUGCAUGGAACCAGAAGUUUGAUUUUGAUGAAAUAGGAGAUGGUGAAUACCUGAAGAUAAGAUGCUAUAGUGAAGAUACCUUUUCAGAUGAUAAUAUUGGUAGUGCACGAGUAAACUUGGAAGGACUCGUGGAAGGGUCAAUCAAGGAUGUGUGGAUACCCCUUGAAAAAGUUAAAUCUGGAGAACUGCGGUUUCAAAUAGAAGCUGUUAAAAUGGAUGAUAAUGAAGGAUCAAGAGGUUCAAAUGGCGGUGCAGGCAAUGGUUUGGUUGAAAUUUCUCUUAUUGAAGGACGUGACCUUGUGGCUGCAGAUAUUAGGGGGACAAGCGAUCCAUAUGUUAGGUUACAAUAUGGAAAUUUAACGAGAAAGACCAAGGUUUUGUAUAAAACUCUUAAUCCAAAGUGGAACCAGACCUUUGAAUUUCCCAACAAUGGAAGCACUUUAGAGUUGCAUGUGAAGGACCACAACCCUGUGCUACCUGCAUCAAGCAUAGGUGAUUGUGUUGUUGAGUACCAGGGGUUGCCUGCAAAUGAGAUGUUCGACAAGUGGAUACCACUGCAGGGAGUCAGAAAAGGUGAAAUCCAUAUUCAGAUCACUAGAAAAGUGCCUGAAAUGCAGAAGGUAUCAAGUUUGGACCCAGAAUCAGCUACCAAGGCAAACCAGAUUUCUAACCAGAUGAAGCAAAUGAUGCUCAAGUUUCAGUCGUUACUUGAUGAUGAAAACGUUGAAGAGCUCCAUGCACUCCUUAGUGAGAUGGAAAGCCUCCAUGAUACAGAAGAAGAGUACAUGGUUCAGCUUGAAACUCAACAGAAACUUCUACUCGACAAGAUAAACGACCUUGGUCAGGAAGUCAUAAAUUCCUCACCUUCCUUAAGCAGAUCGUGGGAGGAUUGAAGCCAAAUCUCUCUAUUAUCAUAUAUUUACAUCUUUUUAGCACAAGAACUUGAUCGUGCAGAUAGGAUCAACUGCCACUCGAGCAACUCCAAUAUAUGAAGUAUUGUAUAGUAUAGGAGUCCACACGGAUAGCUCUCUUCACUCUUGUGUAUCAUGUAUAUGAGUUGAUAAUUCCUGGCCACAAGGGUAUAUGAUAGGCAUGAGCUCUCAUUAUUCCUUAAAGGCUGCAUUUUGUCUGGUAAUUUCAACUACUGUAAUAUUGUUGGCUUUCAAUAGCUAUGUAAAUUUUUAUGACUCUCACAAUUCAGUAUUAUUAGAGCAAGCUAGGCAGCUUAGCUAAAAAAGAGUAAGAUACUGCUUGGAAAACAUUUAAGCUACA